AUGACCGGCUUCCUAGAGGAACUAGUCUCAUCUGAUCAUUCGACGUCAACAGAUGCCUCGCGAUUUCUGGCUCAGUCACAGUCCCGCAUCUCCAACUUCGUCCAACCCGCCGAUAAUGCCGAUGCUCCUCCUAGAAAUCCCAACGACCGUUAUCGCCGGUCAAACCCCUUGAGGAAUACAUCUCGGGGUUACCAACCACAGCGGUUCGGGAACCCGUAUCAAUCAGCAUCACACCUCUCGAACUUUAAUUUCGCAUCACGCUACUCUGCAGCUCCGGACGCCCCGUUAUUCCACAGUGCGAUAGAUGAAUUUCGAGAAGAGGAUGAGGAGGCGGAAAGGGAGAGGGAAACGGCGGAUUUCUUUGCCCUCCAAAAGUCACGGAGGGUUUUCGCCCCGACUGGGCUCGAGGAGAGCGCGGAGACUGAGAAUGGCGGGAGCGAAGGUUCCCUAGAUGGUAGCAAGGAACAAGAUGGAAGAAUACGGGAAGACCGAGGGCGUGGGCGUGGGAUUAAGAGUAGUUGGAAUGGAGGCGGCCAGAGCAGGAGGGGACGGGGUCGGACGCCAGAAACAGUAGGGGAGGAGGCGGACUUUUCUGUUCAUGGCCGCAGUGAAGGGAGUAGUAAAGGCAAAGACCAUAUGGUCGAUGUUGGGCUCGAAUCGACAAUGGCGGAUAGUGAUCCACCAGAUGAUCUGGCAGUUGAAAUGGAGCCUGAAAGCCCUCCUGCAUUUCAGACGUUUCGAACUACGCCGAAACCUGGAGCCAUCAGGUUACCAACAGACGCGAGCGGCUUAUCGCGAGACCUAGAUAUUGAAGCAGGCUUUGGUCCAGGUGCCGCCAUACCAAGGCCACCCAGCUCAGUGGAAACCGUGCCGGCAACCAUAGCGACAACUUUGGGAGAGGCUCCAAGUCACGAUAUAUUCUGGGGCUCACUAUACCUGAUAUGCCUCGGCGCCCUCUUUGCAACCUUCUUCCUCGUAUUCCUCCACACAUCACCUCAGUCGAAUCUCGGCGAUACCAUUUAUACUACCCUCCGCUCCUCUUUCCACCUAUUUGCUGUCGAUACUGUAGUAUCGGUAGUUGUAUCGCUCAUCUGGCUUGCGCUGCUCCGGUCAUUUGUGAGAUCGCUAGUAUAUCUCAUCGUGCUCGCUGUGCCCGUUAUCUUAUUCUCCUUCUCGCUCUAUCCUCUGAUCUCAAGCUACAAGGGCUCAGAAGGAGGCGCAAGUUUGCAAGAUAAGGCCAUGCGUUGGCUUUCGUUCAUCCCCGGGAUCUUAACCUUCAUCUGGCUAUACACUAUUAUUAAGGGACGUCAUUCUCUGAACAAAGCAAUUGGGAUACUAGAAUUUGCUUCUAGAAUCUUAGGAGCCAACCCAGCGUUGCUCGGACUUGGAUUUGCUACGCUUGGGGCCAUCGUUGCAUGGACCUGGAUGUGGCUAGGAAUGUUCACCAGAGUCUUUCUUGGUGGCCAUAAGUCUACAUCUCUUACAGGUUUCAUCAUUGAUGCGACGAGCUGGUGGCUGGCGGUCUAUUUUGUGCUCAUGUACAUUUGGACCCUAUCUGUCAUAAGCGGGAUUCAACGGUCAACGACCGCUGCUACUGUGUCCCAGUGGUACUUCCACCGCAAUGCAGUGCCAGCGCCGACCUCCAGAGACAUAGUUGUAGCGGCUCUUACACAUGCAGUCACUACACUUUUCGGCACUAUCUGUCUCUCCACAUUCGUGGCACUAUUAAUCCGCCUUCCCCUCCUCAUCCUUCCACGCCGCCUAAUAAGCGUGGUCUCAAUCUUUGCCUACUCGCUCAUCCCGACCCCUAUCACCGCCUUAACCAACCCGCUAACCCUCACCUACGCGGCAAUCCACUCUCAGCCUCUACAUCCCUCCGCAAGGGGUCUAAGUCAAAUGACUUUCCUCACCCCUCAAGCCCCUACAACAACUCUCACUCCCCGUUCCUUCAGCUCCCGCACCCACCAAACCACCCCUCUCCUCCCCUACCGUCUAGCGAAGCUCCUAUUACACGCUACCCGCUUCAUCAUGGCCGUCGCCCUGGGAUUCGGCGGUUGGGUCGCUACAGCGCGGCAACUUGAAAUAUCGGUACCCGGCGGAGCUGGAAUCAGGGGCAGCGCAUACGCCUAUGUUGUGGGUUUAGUGUCGAGUUUUAUCGGCUGGGGUGUGUUGGGUGCCAUGGAAGGCGUGCUAAGUGGGAUCGUUGAUGCAAGUGUAGUUUGUUGGGGGAGCGAGAAGGGGAUGGCAGGCGGCGGAGCAUAUUGUCUUGAAGCGGGAUAUCUUUUUGGAGAUGCGAGGAUGGAUGGACUUUGA